AAAAGAUGCCUCCUUUCUGCAGCAUAUGUGGACAGCCAGAAAUGGGAAGCAAGAGAAAAAGAACACUGUCACCUUGCUGAAUUAGCAACUUUAAUGGAUAAGACAUAUGAGAGAAAGUUGCCUGUUAGUUCUCUGACCAUAUCACGGUUUGUUGACAACAUUUCAUCUCGAGAAGAGAUAGACCAUGCAGAGUAUUACCUUUACAAAUUUAGACACAGCCCCAACUGCUGGUACCUGAGAGACUGGACUAUUCACACUUGGAUUCGACAGUGUAUAAAGUAUAAUGCACAAGACAAAGCUUUGUAUACCAUUAUAAAUAAGAUUCAGUAUGGAAUUCUGCCAGAUAACUUUGCAUUCAAUAUACUGAUGGAUCAUUUCAUAAAGCAAGAAAAUUACAAAGAUGCUUUAUUGUUGGUUUUUGAGAUCAUGAUGCAAGAAGCUUUUGAAGUGCCUUCUACCCAACUUCUCUCUCUCUAUGUUUUAUACCAUAGUCUGGCAAAGAAGACAGACUUCAGUUGGGAAGAGGAGAGGAACAUUGGUGCAUCCCUGUUACUCCCAGGCCUAAAACAAGAGAACUCAGUGGGUGUGAGUUCCCAGUUGUAUGGCUAUGCCCUUCUUGGGAAGGUGGAAUUGCGCCAAGGGCUUCGGGCCGUGUACCACAACAUGCCUCUCAUGUGGAAACCUGGAUACCUUGACAGAGCCCUUCAGGUGAUGGAGAAAGCGGCUUCCGCCCCAGAAGACACAAAGCUCUGUAAAGAAGCGCUCGAUGUGCUGGAUGCAGUGCUAAAGGCUCUGACUUGUCCAGCUGAUGAGUCUCCAGAGGAACAGUCCCAGGAAGGUAAAGACCACCAGGGAGCAGAAGACCUGGUGGAACAUUUAGACAUAGAGGAAACCGAACAGUCCAAGCUCCCCGAGUACCUGGAACGAUUUAAGGCUUUACGUGCUAAGCUACAGGCUCUGGGCAAAGUUGAGUCCGAAAGCCUCUUGACUCUGACCACCCAGCUUGUCCAGGACAAGCUCUCGACCUGUGAAGCCGCAGACAUGGCCGACUAUGAGCAGAAACUGCAGCAGUGGCACCUGGAGCAACUACAGUUAAUCCAGAGGGAGCAGGAACAGAGGGAGAAAGCGAGACAGGAGCAUCAGGCUCGGACAGCGGCAAAGGCCUCUGUCUGA